AUGUCCAGUCCGGGGGCCAGCGCGAACCCCAGUCUAUCGGACAUCUUCGGCCAAGGCCACAACGCGUACUUCUCUAACGGACCCAUCACCCGCCUGUCGUUCAUCCGGCUGAACAACCAGCUCUUGGACAAAGCCUCAACCCACCCCUCAGCCCGGUAUCUCACCUUUGAGGAGCUGAACCCGCUACGCGACCCGCAAGGUAAGCUCGCGUUCGUGAGCUACGACGACGUGGCCGACGCCAUGGGCCGGCCCUACGGGCAGGACGAAAAGAAUCAGAUCGCCGCGUUCGACCCGGACGAACACCACCCGAACGUCAUCUUCUUGGGAAUGGAUCUAGAGGAUCAGACUGCGACUCGUACCGAGAGGGCCGGUGUGGGCGGCGGCGGCGGCGGCGGCGAUAAGGUCCAACUGGGCGAGUACACGGGCGUGCCGUACUUUGCGCUGGACGUGACGUCGGAGCAUUACGCCGGGUUCAAGCAGCGGCUGGUGCAGCGGCCGACGACGACGACGACACAGGCGGGAAGGAGCAGCCAUAGCCACAGCCACAGCCACAGCCAGCAGCUCCUUCUAAAACACACGCCCACGCGCAUCGACCUGACGCUCGACCACGCCCAGGCGGCCAUCUACAGCCAUGCCCGCGCCCUGCUCGACUGGAACACGCGCAACCGGUACUGUUCCAGCUGCGGUGGCCGCACGCUGUCGACGCACGGCGGCGCCAAGGUCGUGUGUCCACCGGCCGACCGCGGCGUGGCCCGCCCGCGAGCCUGCCCGACGCGCAUCGGUUUGCACAACCAGGCCUUUCCGCGCACAGACCCGACGGCGGUCAUCGCGGCCGUGUCGGCGGACACGAAGCGCGUGCUGCUUGGCCGCGGCAAGCGCUGGCCCGCCAACUACUUCUCGUGCCUGUCCGGGUUCGUCGAGCCCGGGGAGAGCAUCGAGACGGCGACGCGGCGCGAGGCGUACGAGGAGACGGGCGUGCGCGUCGGCCACGUGCAGAUCCAUUCGAGCCAGCCGUGGCCGUACCCUUCCACCAUGCUGAUCGGCGCGAUCGCCCAGUGUGAAGAGGGAGGUGAGACCAUCACGUACCCGGAGACAGAGCUCGAGGAGGCCAGGUGGUUCGAGUUGGCCGAGGUGCAGCACGCGCUCGACCAUGGCGCCAAUCCCAUGUGGGAGCCGCCUCCAAAGGGGUAUACGGGGCCGAGAGUACCGCCGAGUCAACUGAUGGCUCAUCAGGUCUUGAGGGGGGUGUUGAGGCUGUUUCACAGGUGA